AUGUCGGUGGCGCUGCUUACAGCCAUCGGCCACUUGCUCUCUACCAACCUUGCUAUAGCUUCUGCCCAAGCAGCCUUCAGACAACCUGCCAGCCCAGGCUACUCUAGCAGAGAUGCCUGUCCAGAGCGUUGCGUUGUUUCCGGGUCGAGUUCCUCCAACUGGUCAGUUUAUCACAACUUUGGCCAAUUCCAGUCGUGUCAAGAGACCUUGUUCUACGAGUUCAACAUCCACGACAACGUUGACGACGCAAAGUCGCUUCAUCGCAUCUAUUCUUGUGCCUCGUAUGGUUCAGACUGGGACAAUCUGCCCGGGACCGCGGCAAAACUACCGGUAAAGCUCUUACGCAAUGCCACAUAUGAAAUUGGAUGGCAGGCCGAUGACGUUACGGGACGGUCCUCGGUUGGGGCCGUCGUCGUUUUGAUCAAGCAAUUACGUCAAUACCUCUCCAAUGGGCACGGAUCUACGAACGAAACGACUUUCUCAUUUGCCCAGAUAGGCCAGACGGCCAUUGGCAUCUACAUUGGGAAGGGGCUGCAGAAUGAGGGCAUCAGUUCAUUUGCGCUUCAAGCAUUAGAGGACAAGGUCUACUCUUCCAAACUCCAAACUCCAUAUGUUGCCAUGCAAAUGUGCGCUCCGGAUCGUGGCAGAGACCACAUAUUCGGAGUCAUGGCCACUAGCAACGGCACCUUUAAUCCUAUUCAGAAUGCUAUCAAAGCCUGGGCGAGGGCCGACUGUCUGUCCUUCAAUGAAUCCAGCAAUUUCACCGGCCCAGCCUAUUUUAUCACUCCGCCUUCGUCAGCAAUGAACACUACAUUCUCCAGGAAUCGAGAGACCAACUCCACAGAGGAUUUCAAGUCCCGAAUCUCUCCCUUCUCAGCUCGUGCUGAUUGUAGGACGGUCCAGGUACAGGGCGGUGAUAGUUGCGCAGCUCUGGCUCAGAGAUGCGGCAUAUCCGGAGCAAAUUUCAUGGAAUACAACCCAGGCUCCAACUUUUGUGCUUCUCUUAUGCCAGGACAGCACGCCUGCUGCUCGUCCGGAUCCCUACCCGACUUCACGCCGAAACCCGGCGCAGACGGCUCAUGCCACGUAUACACGGUUCACACCGGCGACAGCUGCUCAAGCAUCGCCGCCGCCAACAGCAUCACCAUCAAGGACCUCGAAAGGUAUAAUAAGAAAACAUGGGGCUGGAAUGGAUGCCAAAACAUCUGGGAUGAAAUCCGCAUAUGCUUGAGCUCGGGAACACCACCAAUGCCGGCGCCUGUGACCAACGCCGUCUGUGGCCCGCAAGUCCCGGGGACUCAACCGGCAGCCGCCGGAGCCGACAUUUCUCAGCUCAAUCCUUGUCCUUUAAACGCCUGCUGCGAUGUCUGGGGCCAGUGCGGCACCACAACGGAGUUUUGUGUAGAUACGAGCACGGGGGCCCCGGGAACCGCCGAGCCCGGCACAAACGGCUGCAUUUCAAACUGCGGCACCACCAUUGUCCGCGGCGAUGCACCGGCCGUGUUCCGAAAGAUUGGCUACUUUGAAGGCUAUAGCUUCAGCAGCCGCCAGUGCCUCUAUCAGGACGCCCUGCAAAUCGACGGCUCUCAGUACACACAUGUACACUUUGCCUUUGGCAUGAUCACGCACGACUAUCAGGUUCACACCGGAAAUGCCGAGACGACGUACGAGUUUGAAAACUUCAAGCGGCUUCAGGGGGCAAAGCGGAUCUUGUCGUUUGGCGGCUGGGACUUCUCGACGAGCCCGGAAACGUAUACCAUCUUCCGCGAGGGAGUCAAGGACGCUAACCGCUUGACUCUGGCGACCAACAUUGCCGACUUUAUCAAGAAGCACGACCUCGACGGCGUCGACAUUGACUGGGAGUAUCCGUCCGCCCCUGACAUUCCGGACAUUCCGCCUGGGUCCAAGGAAGAGGGCAUGGACUACUUUAAAUUCUUGGUGGUUCUCAAGAACUUGCUCGGUGGCAAAUCCGUCUCCAUUGCUGCACCUGCGUCGUAUUGGUAUCUGAAGGGUUUCCCCAUCCGGGCCAUGAGCCUGAUUGUGGACUACAUUGUCUUCAUGACCUAUGAUCUUCACGGCCAGUGGGACUCGCAGAACCAGUGGUCGCAAGUCGGCUGCCCCUCGGGCAUGUGUCUACGCAGCGGUGUCAACCUGACCGAGACGAUAAACUCUCUCGUCAUGAUCACCAAGGCGGGCGUCCCCUCGGGCAAGAUUGUGGUUGGGGUGACGAGCUACGGACGGUCCUUUGGCAUGGCGCAAGCCGGCUGCUACGGCCCGGACUGCUUCUACACGGGGGGUCCUCGCGACUCUCAUGCGGCAAAGGGCCGAUGCACAGACACGGCUGGCUACAUUGCCGAUGCGGAAAUCAAGGAGAUUGUCAAGGACUCGAGCCGAGUGAACCAAAACUUCCUCGACGGGCCGAGCAACAGCAACAUCCUUGUCUACGAUGAUAUCCAGUGGGUUAGCUACAUGAGCCCCGAGGUCCGGAGCACGAGGACGGUGAUAUACAAGACGCUCAACAUGGGGGGGACAACCAACUGGGCCAUCGACCUGGAGGACUAUCACAAUGUCCCGCAAGACUCUGCGUCACCCAGCUGGGCCAUCUUCAGGGAGAAUAUCAAGGCUGGCCGAGACCCAGACCAGAAAGGGGAGCGGCAUGGGAACUGGACCAGCUUGACUUGUACGGACCGAGCUGUCGUGGAUAACGACAACUUGACGCCGUCUGAACGGUGGAGCAGAUUAGACGCCGCCGACGCGUGGAAGGACGUGAUAGACAUAUGGAAGACGUACUACCGGGGAAAGUCAACCAAGACGUUUACCGAGGCCGUCAGCAACAUACUACAUGGUCCCCAGGGAGUCGACUGCGGGACACUGCAGUCUUCUAGUCACUGCGACAAUACCAAAGAAUGCACCGACUUUGUGGGAUCAGGUACCGGUCCGGCCGGCUACGAGAUUUUCAACUCUUUUGUCACGAUUCACGGGAUGUAUGCGGACUUUCAGCAAGCCCUGACUGCCGAGGCGGCCACGUACAUAGACAAUGCGCUUGUCGACUUUGAAAACAAGUUUGCGCCAGUACCUCCGCCUCCGGAUAACCAGUGGCUUUUUCUCCUGAUCGAUCUCAUUACGCUGGGCGUGAGUAUGGCCGCGGGGCCGUUCUUCAAUUCCUUUUUAUCAGGCCUGUCGUACUUUGCAAAGAAUGGCGCCGCGGCAGGCAAUCUCAAGGACACCACCAUGACGCUCAUCGGGCAAAGUACAACGAUAGCCAAGGACAUGCUAAGCACUGGAUCGAAUGAUGCGUGGACGCCUGGAAAGCAAGCCGAGUUUUCUCACUACAUGGGCCAAGCUCUCAGCGCCUGGGCCGAUCUCUCGGAGCGCACGGUGAAAAAGAUUUUUGACGGAUCGGAUGAAAGUAUCGAGCUGCUGACCUCUCUCCUGUCCGAUGGCAAGCUCAUUGUCGGCAAGGACAGCAAGCUGCCGGGGGCUGGUGGCAACGCUGCCCUGAAGACGUUGAUUGGGAAGGCCUUCUUUGCUUACGCCAUACCUGCGAUUUGGUCCGUCUCGGGCAUGUCACCUUUCAUCAUCGACUCGGGCUUUGCCUGCGGCACAAUUGACCCCAUCGGCGGGUACAUGAAGCCCGACGCCAUGCACAAGUCAUGGGCCUGCGUCGAUGACAAGCUGUACUAUCUCGCUACUCCCAAGGGCGGCGCGAAAUACUGCUUCACGCCCAUCGGCGGAGGUCCUCAGCAGUGCAAAGACAAUACGUUCUCUGCGCUGCCGGGCAUAGAAUGGCUCGACGGAUCAUCGUUUGGGCAGGUUACGCUGUCUAAUCUCAUUACUGGAUCCGUCAGAACGUACAAAAGCAACGGUAAUCAAAACACCAACACGUCACCGGACCUUGGCAAGCUCGCGGACGCGGAAAGCCUCGGCCGCCAGGACAUAACGGCACCUGGGUAUAUCCGCAUGCCCGUCUGCAGCCCGGCCGUGGCCCGCAAGGCUUGGAUCGGCAGCGACGACGGACCGGAUACCACUGCAGCGGGCUAUCCUUGCGUCGUGCCAAAGAAUGACGAUUACUGCGGCGACUCGACGUUUGUGGACCAAACAAGCGGUGCCUCUCCUCCCGUUUCCGACUGCCUCAAGCUCGUCGAGAAGAUACAGGCCCGUCCUCAGCCUACCGAUCACGAGAUUGAGAAUGCCAUUGGGAGCCAGCAUCAGAUUGAGGAAUAUGGCGAGUGUAAAUUUGGCGUGCAGGGCAACGGCAAGCACGGCAACAUUGACUUUCACGUUGGUGGGCAGGACAUUAUCGAUAUUAUUAACGAUUCUAUAAAGAGAUUUGGCUCGUCUGGCCGGGUCGGUGCCAAGGGCAACAUGGAUUGUAAAGGGACAACUUUUAAGAGGCAGAAUGUAAACUGGGGUUUAUAUUAA